GGUUGCCAGGGAACCAGAAAUAACCGUUAGUUAAGACGAGUAUUACAUACAUACGCUGUUGUCUGUUACUCGGUAUUUCAUGUCUUUCAUAAGACUCCAUCGAUUUUCAUCAUUGCAAAUAUUAUUUUAAAUAAGUAGUUCCACAAUAAUUUUUAUAAUAAACAAUCGUAAAUCAAAUAAUCUAAAUUGUUUCAUUUUAAAUUAUUGUGAAGCUAAGACUCUAAAGACUUUCAAAUUAUUAAGCGGAGUAAAUCAUAUACGGUGUUGGUAACAUGGGAUACUUAAAAUCUCUUGCUACCUCAUUUGUAUGGGUUUGCACAUUUUUAGCAAUCAUUACUUUUAUCCCUGGAUUGCCACCCAACGUCGACUUCACUGCCCAUAAUCUGACGUUGCCAAAAAAAAUUCCAAAGGAACUUCUAAAUGAAAAUCUAAACAAAGCGGAAAAACUUUAUCAAGGAAAAGUACGUGGACCUGAAUCUUUUGAUUCUUAUGAUGGUAUUUUAUACUUCACAACAGCCGAUGGUGCUGUUCAUAAAAUUAUUGGUGAUGAAUUGAAAGAAGUUGUCAAAUUCAAAGAGACUUGUAAAAACAAGUUGGAAGAAGACUUGUGUAGCCACCCACUAGGUUUGAAAUUCGAUAAAAAAGGAACUCUGUAUGUCGUCGAUACAUCUUAUGGUAUUUAUAAAGUAGACGUGAAGAAAGGAAGUUAUGAAAAAAUUAUCGACGCAUCCCAGCCUAUCGAAGGCAAGCUACCAAAGACUCCUAACAGCGUUGACGUUGCUGAAAAUGGUGAUCUUUAUUGGACUGAUAUGAGUUCUGAUUAUAAACUCAAUGACGGAAUAUUCUCAACAUUAAGUGAUCCUAGUGGACGGUUAAUACAUUUCAAUGCAAAAACAAAGAAAAACAAAGUUCUAUUAGAUAAUCUGGGAUGCGCUAAUGGUGUAAAACUCAGCGACGAUGAAAGUUUUGUACUUGUUAAUGAACUGGUAAUGUCGCGAGUAGUUAAGUAUCAUCUGAAGGGACCAAAAACUGGACAAAGUGAAAUCAUAGUUGAGGGCUUACCAGGAUUUCCCGAUAACAUUCAUUCAGAUAACCACGGAAAUUUCCUAAUAAGUUUAGUUAUUAUCGCUGAUGAAGAGAGCCCCCAUCUUGUUCAAUCACUGUUACCUCAUCCGAAUAUCCGCAAAAUGUGUAUCCGGUUUUUAUCUUUAUUGGAACUUCCAUUCAAAUUAUUCGAUAAAGUUUAUCCGAAUGAUUAUUGCAAGCGAAUUCAUUAUUGGAUUGGAUCAUUCCAAAACUCUCCAAUGGUAGUUCCGACGGACGCCAUUGUUCUGAGAAUCGACGCUAAUGGAAAAAUUCUCAAUGCGAUGGCAAUUAGCAAUAGUGAGAUUUCCAGUAUAAGUUCUGCUUUUUUCUUGAAUGAUUAUAUGUGGCUUGGAAGUCCAUUUAAUGAUUAUCUAGCCAGAAUUCAUAUCGAUGAAAUAUUACCCGAGCUAAAAAAUAAGUUUGAUAAGAAACCUUCCCAAAAGUCUAACACGCAACAAGUAAAACCAGAUUCAAAAAAAGAAUCAAAAGUCAAGGUAGAGUUAUAGAAUUCUAAAAAAUCAUAUUAAAAAGUGGACUUGUGAAGAUGGAAUCUGAAAAAGAUGAUGCGAUUAUUUUAGUUUAAAUUAAAUGACAUUAUUGAAUAAAUUUAGACGGCUGCCCCAUUUCGAAACACAAUAAUUGACAUUCUUAGAUAUUUUAAAAUUAGUCUUAUAUAAAAAAAAUUUACCCUUUUUAAAAUAAAAAAAAAUUCGAUUUACUCAUAGAAGUAGGUGUAUAUUAACAAGAACAUUAGUAAGAAAAAAACAUCAGAUUGUUAAUUUGAGGUACAAAAAAAUCUAACAAUACCGAAAAAAAAUAGGUCUAAAAAUUUUGUAGUUAAAUUUUGUGUUUUGAAAUGGAACAGUCGUCAAGUUUACGUUAGAUUUUUUAUUUGUUAUUUAUAAUAAUUCAAUAAUAUAUAUAAAAUAUAGAUGUGAAUGUUAGCUAUGGAUGAUAAUAGUUGAAUAAAGUACUAAUGUAUAUAUUUAUGCAUAAUACAUGUCAGGAAAAAUUUUUUAGAUCUACUUAGAUCUUAUCAAAAAUGAGUAAAUAUGUUUUUCAAAAAAAUGUACCGCCUGUUGACAAUAUCUGGAGACAAUACAUUUAAUUGUGUUGAAAGGCUGUCUGAGGCGUCAUUUGGUAUUUGGAUUGCUUGCAUCAGGCACACGAGUGCCUAAACUCUCUUAGGAACUUAGAAUGGACCCUCUUCCGGAUGUUUUCAACACUAAAUUAGAUCAAAAAAUUAUAAAUGGACAUACAUGACUAUGGUCAUAUACCACAGUAAAAAAUAUUGUAUUUGUGUAGAAUACGGUCUGUGUUGAAAAUUUUUUGUGUUAAAACAACAAAGCUUGUGUUGAAAUAAGAUGAAGUGUGUUACUUUGUUGUUGAAUUUCAACAUAAAUUUUGUGUCAAUUGUAUUUAAUACAAAAAUUGUGUUGAUUUUACACAAAAUUUUCUACUGUG